UAACACUGGCUACUCAAUCGAGAAAGAGUAGUCAUUCACUCAUUCGGGCUAACCACGUAUACCCAAAGGCCAAAUUAAACAAUCCGACCAGUAACUUCACCCCACUUUCAGCUGCUACUCUAGCAAUUUCAUCACUCAACUCAAAAAGACCUGAAUUUGAUAAUCCCUAUUUAUAAUCAUCCAAUUCAAAUUCAAUCGAAUUCAAGUAAUUUAACUUCCAAAUCCAAUUAAUUCCGCUAAUACAACAAUUUCUUACUUCUUUCAAACCCAGAAAACUCAACAAUGGCAGCAACACCAAUGCCGGGAAACCCUAAUUUGGACGGAAAUCCGCCGCCAUUGCCGCCGCCUCCGGGAACUGACAUGACCGGAAUUUGCUUUAGAGAUCAAUUAUGGCUUAACACUUAUCCUCUCGAUCGUAAUCUUGUUUUCGAUUACUUCGCUUUGUCCCCCUUUUAUGAUCACACUUGCAAUAAUGAGCAAUUGAGGAUGAAUUCUGUUCAUCCCCUUGAUCUCUCUCAUCUUUCGAAGAUGACAGGGAUUGAGUAUAUGCUGUAUGAAGUUGUAGAACCUAAUCUGUUUGUCAUUCGUAUGCAAAAGAGGGAUAGUCCUGAGAAAGUUACGCCGAUGUUGACGUACUAUGUAUUGGAUGGUUCUAUCUAUCAAGCUCCGCAGCUUUGCAGUGUUUUCUCUGCAAGAAUUGGGCGUGCUUUGUAUUACAUACAGAAAGGAUUCUCAACUGCUGCUUCCAAGUUGGAGAAGAUUGGACAUGACAGUGAAAGUGAUGACGCAAAUGAUGAUACAACAGCUACUAAAGAGACUAUUGAUCUCAGAGAACUAAAGAGAGUAGAUCAUAUCCUUGCUUCCUUGCAGCGUAAGCUACAACCAGCCCCUCCACCACCACCAUUUCCAGAGGGCUAUACUCCAUCUCAGCCUACAGAAACGGAACAAGGCUCAGAAACCCAGGAAGGGACAGAACAACAGCAACCUCCGCCUGUUGAUCCCAUCAUUGACCAAGGGCCAGCUAAAAGAACGAAAUAUGAUUGAUCUUUCCUUGCCAAUUUUAUGCAAAUGUCAUGUGAAAUAGCAAAAUGGUGGUUUUGACAGGGUUGAUAUUUCCUGUAAAUUGGAAUAUGUAUGGAAUUUGAGUGAAAUGUCUCCCUUCUUUGAUGAUCAUCUAUCGUGCUAUACUGCUAUUGGAAGGUUCAUCUCAAUAUAUUCACUUCCCAGCAUGAGCUUCACAGGCUUCUUCUGUCUUCUCUUGUUUCUUCUGUGCUUCCCCAUUUUGCACACCAUCUUUAGCCUUACUUGUCUGGACCAACAGCUCUUUCACCCAGUUAAGCAGCUUCUCACUCACCGCCUCAUCUGCUUGUUUCAUUCAUUCAUCAAUGAUUUGGAUACACAAAGGAGAGUUUGACAGUAAAUUAUGUUCCAUUUGACUUUGGUGGCCAAAUUUCUGAUCAUAAACACAUUGUAUUGAUCUGUAAUACUGGUUAUAACGUGUCUAGAUUAUCUUAAAGAAUAUUUUUUA